CUAACCCUUCAAAAAUAACCUAAGAAAAGUCUACUCUAAAAAGUUAUCAGAACUCCAGAAUCCAGACCGAAUUUCCAAAGAAAAUCAAAACAAACCAAUUAAUUAAUAAUUAUGUUUCGCUCCGCCUUGACGGUGCUUUCACAAACAAGUGAAACUAAAAUUACAAAUUGUUCAAUUGGCUUGGAAUUUGUCCGAUGGCGCCGCAAGCCUCGUUGGUUGCCAGUUGCCAAGAGCAAAGUAUUCCGCAUUCCCGAAAAGAAACCCCAAUCAAUGGAUGAAAAACUCGAGCUGCUACGAUUGCAUAAUCAUUACAAAACCCAAAUGCGAUCGAUGCGAAUGUAUUUACGUGAAGAAUCACAACGCAUCCGUGAAACUUCAACAGCUGAUCAUUUGGUGAUGUCAGUAGAGGAAGAGGAAGCAGAAUUCCAACGCUGUUUGAAUCUAAACAAAGAGUGGAAUGACCAAAUUGCCGCCGAACGUAAUCUUCGUCUGGAGAAGGAGAAUGCCGCUAAAAGAGAAUACAUCAAAGAGAGGUUGGAAUUGGCGAAGGAACGUGAGGAAGAUCGUCUGCAACGCAUCGAGGAGAUUGUCAGAAAAGAAAAGGAAGCUUCAAAGACCUUCAUCACUCGAGAGAAUAUCGAUCAGGCAAUAGAAACGGCUCUGGCCAAUCCUCUGGAUUUCAACUUCUCCAUCGAUCUCCGUGGCAAUCUGUACCACGGACGCACCACUGUCCCUGGUGGCCCACCCGAUCAGAAACAACCUCAGCCUGAGCUCCUUGCAGCAGCUGCCAAUUAAGGAACCCACUGCUACUGUAGUCGCAAAAAGUAAUUCGUUCAUUUCGUUUAUAGAAAAAAUAAAAAUUUAUAGCUUAGAUCAACAGUUAUUUUAACAAAUAAAUCUAUUAAAUAAUA